UUCACUCACUUUCCAUCCCUAGGGCCCGCACGUGUUUACAUUCCCGUAUUGAAAGUUCGUCUACAACGCCAUUGUGAAAUAGCUUAACUGCAGAGAUCUGUGAAGGAUUUGCAUUGCGGGACUACGAAUGGAUCACGACUACACUGGCGUUAGCCCGCUGGGCGCCGCCGACAGCAAGGGCGCCUCGAACGCCAUGAUCCUGUGCUGCGAGUGCGGAGUGGCCAUCCAGCCGAAUCCGGCCAACAUGUGCGUCACUUGUCUGCGCAACCAUGUCGACAUUACGGAGAACAUACCCAAGCAGGCGGUGCUGCACUUCUGCCGCAACUGCGAGCGCUACCUACAGCCGCCGAACGAGUGGAUCCAGGCCUCCCUGGAGUCCCGUGAGCUCCUGGCCGUUUGCCUUAAGAAGCUGAAGGGCCUGAAGGACGUAAAGCUGGUCGAUGCGGGCUUUAUAUGGACAGAGCAGCACUCGAAGCGCAUCAAGGUGAAGCUGACAGUGCACGGCGAAAUCACUGGCGGCACUGUCUUGCAGCAGGUCUUCGUGGUGGAGUUCACGGUGCAGAAUCAGAUGUGCAAUGAUUGUCAUCGCACCGAGGCCAAGGACUUCUGGCGCUGCUUGGUGCAGGUGCGCCAGCGUGCGGACAACAAGAAGACCUUCUACUAUCUGGAGCAGCUGAUCCUCAAGCACAAGGCGCACGAGCACACGCUGGGCAUCAAGCCGGAGCAUGGCGGCCUGGAUUUUUACUAUGCCAAUGAGAAUCAUGCCAGGCGCAUGGUGGACUUUCUGCAGACCAUGGUGCCCGGCAAGGUGACCACCUCGAAGCGUCUUAUCUCGCACGAUAUCCACAGCAACAACUACAACUACAAAUACAACUGGUCGGUGGAAAUAGCGCCCGUUUCCAAGGAUAGCGCCGUGUGCCUGUCCAAGAAGCUGCGCCACCAGCUGGGCAAUCUCUCGCCCCUGUGCCUGGUUAACCGUGUGUCCAGCAGUAUCCACCUGAUCGAUCCCCUGACGGCGCAAAUUGCCGAGCUCACCUCCCAGGUGUACUUCAGAGCUCCCUUCGAGGCUAUCUGCAACCCCAAACAGCUGGUGGAGUACGUGGUCAUGGACAUUGACGUGAUCAUGGAGAAGGAUCGCAAGUCGUACCCCGGCCAGGGACAGGUAUCCUUCAAGCACGCCCUCUGCGACAUUUGGGUAGUUCGCGCCUCGGAGCUAGGCAUCAACGAUAAUCCCAUUCACACGCGCUCCCACCUGGGCCACUUGCUCAAGGUGGGCGACUCCGUGAUGGGCUACAACACUGGCGAGGCGAACAUCAACGAUCCCGAGUUCGACAAGCUGUCGCCGGAGCUAAUACCAGACGUGAUCCUGGUGCGUAAACACUACGAUCGCCAGACCCGGCUCAGCCAGCGCGUGUGGAAGAUCAAGCACUUGGCGGCCGAGGCCACUGACGAGCGCAGCAAGCACGAUUACCACGAGUUCCUCGAUGAUCUCGAGGAGAACGAGGAUCUCCGUGGGCAGAUCAACAUCUACCGAGAUAGCAACAAGACGAUACCCAUCGAUGGCCAGGCUGCCGGCGGUGAGGUGCCACAGAUCACGCUGGAGGAGAUGCUGGAUGACAUGACACUGGAGUGCGCGGACGACGGAAUGGGCGAUGAUGAGGAUGGAGCAGCCGGGGAAGCCGAACCUCAGUUAUAGUUUGUUUAUUUAUACAACACUUCUCUUUGCGUUUUUUUUUUACUUUUACCCCUGCGUGGUAUGCCCUGUACAUAUUCACUUAAUCCACAUAAACAACUAGGAAACUAAA